GAUUUUUAUAGUAGAGAUCUUUUUCUUUUCUCAAGUUUGAUACUAGAUUCGUACAUGUCUCCAUCUUCAAGCAAAUUGAUGGGUUUGACUUCAUUGCAUGGAAUUGCAUUAUCUCUAAAUACAUCUAAUGGUCCAGCUCUUCGAUGCCCGUUGUCUGUUUGAUGAAAUGCUUGACAGAAACGAUCUCUUUAGAAAAAUCCUAUUUGCGAGAUGUGGAGGGAAAGUAUUCAGUUGAAUGGUUUUUUUUUUUUUUUUCCGUGUGAAUUGGCUUCAAGGUGUUUAUUGUAUGACAUGCAGUAAUUCUAUUGGCAUCUGACUAAAAGUCUUUUUUUCCUUGAAACAGGAUCUUCUGUAUUUGGGCAGAAGCCUGGCUUUGGAGGCUUUUGAUCAACUCCAACUCAAACAAGUCCUUUUGGUAGUGCAUUUCAACAAGCACAAUUGUUCUGUCUUUCAGAUUCAAGAUCUGGUGGAUGAUACCCAGAUAUGGAAAGUCCAGCAGUGAUGUUCCUGUCAAAUCUCAGAUGCUCCUCUUGGAAGCAAGGGAAGAUUCUUCACUUAAUGACAAAACCAUCGACUCAUUUGAUGGGAAUACAUUCUGUAUACUGUUGAUGCCUGUAUUUAAUGGUGAUUUUCAAACUAGCUUGCAGGGGGAUUCUACCAACAAGCUUCAGUUCUGCGUUGAAGGUGACCCCACCAUGCGAUCCAAACAGGUUCUAGAAGUCGUUUUCAUCAAUUUAGGGAACAACCCAUUUGAGCUUUUUGAGGGAUUCUAUCAAGAUAUUAGAGAAACAAAAGGGGACCUUCAAUCACCUUGAGAAGAAGAAGGCAAACAAGAUUCAAAUUCUCAAUACAAGGAAUGUGAUUCCCUCUAGUAUGGAGCGGAUGCAUGCAUCAUGCAUGUAUACUCAUGUACAUAUGGCCGGAUCCACUACAAAACUUCAUAGGUUAAGCUUAACCCUACGACGUGAGAUUUUACUUUUCUUGCUUGGGCUAAGGAGAAUUUGAGGUUUCACUGGCUAUUAUCCAAGUUGUUCUGUGCUUA